AUGGAAGUAAAUGUUGAACAAGCUCUAAGAGUUGUACGGCAGGCUCGAAGAACUGUUUCACCACCAAUACCAGCCGAUUUGAGGUCAAUGGGAGAGACAAUAGCCUCUGUUAGGUGGCAACGUCGUCUGUCAUUUGUGGUAGACGACAUCAACAAUGUAUCCUUCUACCAAGGUUUCCUUGAAUUUAUUCAAGACGGACACUCAGUAUUUGGAGGUUUACUAUUUGCAAACAUUGAUUUUAUACGGCAACACGUACCAUUCCUCCAAAGAGCUCAAGUUUUAGCCGUAGAUGGUACUUUUGGGGUAGUACCACAUUUUCCAGGAGAUAUUGAUCAAUUAGUGACCAUACAUGCAGUCCUGGAUAACAUUUCCAUUCCUCUUGUUUAUGCACUUACAAAUCAAAGAACAGAGUCGGUAUACAUAAGAUUGUGGCAGUUUUUAACAACAGAUCUGCCUUUUGAACUUUUUGAAUGGAAUAGAAUGCAAAUUAUUGCAGACUUUGAAAUGGCUCAACGAAAUGCCAUUCGAAGAGUAAUACCGGACUGUCGAUUAGUUGGAUGCUGGUUCCAUUUCAAUCAGGUUCGUAGAUCAAUUAUCACAAGUCGGGAUAGAAAUAAUGAGGUCUUACAAAAUGCUCUUCGACUAGUAAGGAAUGGUCGAUAUAACACCUCAUCCUUCCUUAGAAGAGUCGCACAUGUGGCGAGAGGAUACUUGGACAAUGAAAUCGGUCCAUUACCUAAUGUACAUCAGGAAGAUGAAAUUCAGCAGCUACCACCUGUACAACUUGAACCGCUGUUACCACCUCCUCUUACGGCAAAUAAUGGCCGUCAAAUAGCACAAAGAAGAGGACGUGGGGGGCGAGGUAACCGCAUUAACCCUCAAAUUCAAAGACGCCGCGGACGACCUCGUGGUCAAGUUCAACCCGAUGUACUUGUCGAACCAGCAGUGGAAGAAGACAUAGUUGUUGUUAGACCGGACUCCCCUUAUUUUGAAGAUGUACCUGUUGAACCACCAAUAGGUGAAGAUGAAGUUAUUGUCGUCAGACCGGAUGAAGCUAAUUUUGAAGAUGUUAUUUUGGAAGAAGGGUUUCAUCAACCAGUUGAACCAAUUGUACAACAAAAUUCUCCUGAAAUUGAAGUACAAAUUGUGGUACCUGACAUGAUUAUGGCAGAGCAAGCAAGGCCUCCACAAGAUAUACCACUUGUCAAUGAUGAUCAUCUAUUGGACAGGUGUUUUAUCUGUCUGAAUGAUUAUGCAGAUGUUGGUAGUGCAAACAUUCUUAUCCCAUGUGGGCAUGGAUGGUGUUGCGAUUCAUGUGGAUUAAGGCUCAACAACUGUCCAAUAUGUACAGACCAAUUUCCGCGGAUGCAAAGAAUCCAGAUUAUGCAUAUUAACUAUGGAACACAGAGAACCUGGUUACAAAAUAAUAACUUGGCUGAUCCGACUGGAAGUCAAUGCUUGGGAUGCAUGAGACAAAUGCGGGAUGUACCAAAUAGGGCACGUUACAUCUAUAUUUACUGUGGGCACGGAUGGUUUUGUUCUGAUUGCAUCUUGCCAUUACCAGCCAUGUGUGAGAUAUGCAAUGACACUGUAGAUGGUAGCAUAAAAAUGUAUAUAAUAUAG